AUGCCAUUGAAUCCUAUUGAAUCGAUCAGAAGUCCUAUUAGGACACGAAUAUCUGCCAUCAAGUCAACACAGUCUGUAAUCCGAAAUAUCAAUGCCAAAAAUGUCGUGGGAGAUGAAAAGUUACUUGCCGAGAUUGGAUACAAACAGGAGUUGAAAAGAACGUUCUCUACUUGGCAAGAGUUUGGUAUUGCCUAUUCUAUUAUGGGCUUGCUUCCCUCAAUUUCGUCUUUGACAGGUACAGGAUACACGGCUGGUCCCGCUGGAUUCUUGUGGUCUUGGUUUGUUUCGUCAAUCUUCAUUCUCUCUGUUGGUAUUUCGAUGUCAGAGCUAGCCUCUGCCAUUCCUACUUCUGGUGGUUUGUAUUACUGGACUUUCUACUAUGCACCAGAAAACUACAGAGUCCCCAUCUCUUUCGUUAUUGGUCUUUCCAACUCCAUGGCCUUGUGUGCAGGAUUGGUGUCUAUUGCUUACGGAAAUUCGGAGGAGAUCCUUGCUGCUGUUUACCUCACCAAGGAUGGUGACUUCGACAUCACUAGAGGUAAAAUUUAUGGCGUCUUUGCAGCAUGUGUCCUGGCCCAAGCCAUAUGUACUUGCCUUUCUUCAAAGCAUGUUGCCUGGCUCCAAACCGUCUCUGCUAUUGCCAACACAGGUUUGAUUGUCAUCUACCUUAUAGCGUUGCCUGUGGGAACAUCCAAGAAUCUUCACCAUUUCAACAGUGCUAAAACCAUCUUUGUUGAAGUUCAGAAUUACUCCAAUUGGCCCAUAGGGUUCCAGUUUGUAUUAUCCAUGAUGACUGCAGUGUGGACUAUCGGAGCAUUUGACUCGUGUGUCCAUAUGUCCGAGGAGGCCCGUAAUGCCUCGUUUGGUGUUCCCAUCGGUAUCACCGGUUCCAUCUCCUUCUGUGGUGUAGUUGGCUUUUUCAUCAUCCUCUGUACGAAUGCUUGCAUUAAGAAGGAUCAGAUUGAAUCGAUCCUCAAUACCGAUACUGGAUUCCCAAUGGCACAGAUCAUUUACGACUCUUUGGGACGUAAAUGGGCCAUCGCAUUGAUGUCUUUAAUGUCUGUUUGUCAAUGGCUCAUGGGCUCUUCCAUUCUCACUGCCCUUUCUCGUCAAGUGUGGGCUUUUGCACGUGACAAUGGUCUUCCAUUUGCCAGCUUUGUCAAGGUCGUUGAUAAAAGAUUGAAAGUUCCAAUUAGAGCUGUUUUCUUUGCCUCCAGUGUUGGAUUAAUCCUCGGAUGUCUUUGUCUAGCUGGUUCUGCUGCAUCUAAUGCACUUUUCUCACUUGGUGUUUCCGGAAAUUAUUUGGCCUGGUGCACACCUAUUUUCCUCCGUUUAACAUCCGGUAAACGUCGCUUUAACCCAGGUGCUUUCUAUUUGGGCCACCUGUGGUCCCAGGUUAAUUCCUGGAUUACUUGUUUGUGGGGUUUGUUCAUUAUCUGCAUUUGUAUGUUCCCAUCCUCUAUUGGUGUUACCAAAGAUACCAUGAACUAUACAUGUGCCAUUUCUUGUGGUGUCUGGCUUUUGUCUGCCGUCUACUACUACGUGUAUAAGUACAAAUAUUUCCAUGGUCCUUGCUCCAACCUAUCACCAGAGGAUGCUCUCGAUGUUGAUGAUGCUGUUCCUGUCUAUCAGGAAAAAAAUGAGGAUCUUGAGCAAAAGGAGGACUGA